ACAACUCGCGAGUAUUUUAUACGGUAGAGGGUAGGGUGUCUUCUUCAUUGCAUCUCUCUAGAGUCUGGACCGUCUGGCAUAUAUAUGAAACAAAUAUACCACAAAGAAUUUAAAGAUUCAACAAAAUCCAAAGAAAAUAUAAGAACAAAACUCAAGCUAGAUUCUUCAUAUACAUGCAUAUACAUAUGAUGAAUCGAGAUGAGCAUAUUGCAAAGAAAGUUGAAGGAUCAAUCUCUAGCUUCUCCGGGGAGACCAGUACUUCCUCAAAACAAAUCUAUGUUAAUCCCGUGACCACGACCGGGACGAAAUCAAUGGAAGACGACGACGUUUCACUCUCUCUUCUAUACAAUCUAUCUACCUUACAUGAAAAAGUCCAUCAGAUCCAAUCUCUGGUCAGCUUCUACAUGGUAUCUACUAAUAACAUUAACCAAUCCUCGGGGUCAACGUCUUUGGCCGUGGCUAACAUCGGAAGUUUGGUUCAAGAGAUCAUCACGGCUGCUUCAUCCAUGUUAUAUACUUGCCAACAACUCCAAAUCGGAUCUAACAACAACAACAACGAUAUCGAUAAUGAUCAAACCGUAGAUGCAAUGGUUUUGGAGUUUUCCCGACAAGAAACCGACCCGGGUCAUGAUUUUGUGCAAGAGUCGACCAACCUUUUUGGUGUCCAAGAAAGAGGGCAGAUCUCGUUUCCCGACCAGAAUCUUGAUUGGUACAACACCGAAACCAUAAACCCUAAAAAAGAUAAACAUCGUUCUAAACCAAGUUCCGGGAGCUACGAUAUACUGGAGCUAGACGUAGCGGACCUACUAGCGAAAUACACGCAUUACUGCCAGAUUUGUGGGAAAGGGUUUAAGAGAGACGCUAAUCUAAGGAUGCACAUGAGAGCGCACGGGGAUGAGUACAAGACACGUGAGGCCUUGAUCAGCCCAACGAGCCAAGACAAGAAAGGAGGAUACUCGUUAAAGAAACAUUACUACUCCUGUCCUCAACACGGGUGUAGAUGGAACCAGAGGCACGAGAAGUUUCAACCGUUGAAAUCUGUGAUUUGCGCCAAGAAUCAUUACAAGAGGAGUCAUUGUCCCAAAAUGUAUAUGUGCAGGAGAUGUAGUGUGAAGCAUUUCUCGGUUCUGUCUGAUCUUAGGACACACGAGAAGCAUUGUGGGGAUAUAAAGUGGGUUUGCUCUUGUGGGACUAAAUUUUCUAGGAAAGACAAGCUGAUGAGCCACGUUUCUUUGUUUUUGGGCCACGUACCGGCACAUGGGUCGUCCAAGCCGCCGACAAUCACCCUAAAGUAAGAACAUAGGAAGUUUGAGGUCUAUAGAGAUUUCAUAGACGAUAUCUCAAGAAAUGACACGUGCAUUCACUCCCUCUCUUUUUUUUGUUCUUUUUCUUUUCACGAGUUUCUAUAUUCUCUAAAUUAAUGUCACAAAGAUAAGAUAAUAUACAGAUUUGUAUCAUAGUGACUUGUGCAUUAACGUUAAUGUUACAAAUGAUUUUGGUUCUGAUGGGUAUCAUGCAUAGAUUUUCACUAAUCUCAGAAAUAUGUGGAAUCAGUGAGAAUCAAAAUUUAUGUUUAAUA